AUGGAGGCCCUGCAGCAUAGCCCAGAGGUGGCCAGCAAGGACAAGGAGCUGGUGCAGAGACUGGAGAGUAAGACUGGGGCGGGGGAGUGUGUGUGUGUGUGUGUGUGAAGCUGAUGGCGGCGUAUUGUCAUAAAUAUCACAACAUCUCCACAUUCUAAUUCAUGAGCAAAAUUAAUGUUACUCCUAAUGUACCUGACUCUGUUGUGCUCUGUUAUCCUCACCCUCAUCUAACUCUACUGCCCUGCCAUCUUCUGUCUGCUCCCUCUCCUUUCGCUCUCCCUUCUCUGCUCCUUUCCUCCCCUCUGUCCCCAUCACCUCUCCUCCUCUCCCUUACCUCCCCUCCCCAGUGGUGAUGAUCCACUGGACCCGUCAGAUCAAGGAGGUGCUGAAUGCCCAGGAGACGGUGGAGACGGGGGACAGCUCUGGUCCCCUGGAGGAGAUCUCCUUCUGGAGGAGUCGCUGUGCCGACCUCUCUGGGAUCAGCCAGCAGCUGCAGAAGCCUGGGGUCCGCCACAUCCAGGCCACGCUGCAGCUCUCCAAGUCCUCCUACGUACCCCCCUUCUGCAAGCUGACCAAGCAGAUCCAGGUGCCAAGCAGACACACACACACACACACACACACACACACACACACACACACACACACGCACACACACACACACACACACACACACACACACAGCAGAGAGGGUUUUUAAAAAGAAGCAGACACAUAGCCUGGUCCCAGUGUUUGUGCUGUCUUGCCAACUCCUGGCGUGACAGAGACCAUAGGAGUUGGCAAGACAGUACAAACAGAUCUGGGACCAGGCUAGCAUGCAUAUAGCAGACAUGGGAUAUUUCCUGAUUAUGCAGGAAUUCUGAAUUCUGACACUGUAGAGUAAUCUAUUCAUAAAUCAUUGAAAUUGAGUUCACCUCACCAAAGUUCACCUCAAACCAAUACCCUCUAUCCAAGUCCUACCACUCCGCUCCCUACUAGGGCUCUGGUCGAAAGUAGCGUACUACAUAGUGAAUAGGGUAUCAUUUGAGACGCUGUGUCUGUGUUUCUAGGAUGGCUCUCUCCAAGCCCAGUCCAACCUGUCCUUCCUGUCCCUGCUGAGGGAGCCCUGUGAGGAGAUGGCUCAGCUCAAGCCUAGAGAGGUGGCUCCCAAGCUGGCCCAUGUCCUCAACCUCAUCCGCCUCAUCUGGGUCAACUCUGUUUACUACAACACCCGCGAGAGGCUCACCGCUCUCUUCAGAAAG